AUGACCCGCCAAGAGGAGGACCUGGCCUAUGGCCAGUACCACCAGAACUCCGCGACGCCUUCCUCCACUGACACCGCCCGGGGCUUCGUCAGUGACACCUUCGGCAAGCUGAAGCAGACCUACAAGGCCCAGUCGUCGUCCCAACAGGCAUCCUCCCAGCAGUCCCAACCCGCACGUCCAUCUCCUCUGUUUACGCGGCCCCCCCCCGUUUCAACCCCCGGUACUAACCGACCCGUUACCCAGAACCAAACCUACCAGUCCCAGGGUUCCCCGCACCAGGCCCAGAAGCCCCAGAAGCAGGACAAAUUCUCCGGUCUGUUUGGUAAGCUCGAGGAACUCGGCAAUGAGGUGGCCCAGAAGCUGGGCACCGCCCUCGACCCCCAGGCCUAUGCGCAGUAUGGGCCGGUCAAGCCGCAGUCGGAGAACCGCUUCGGCAGCUUUGCGCCCCCGCGUCAGGGCAAUGAGGUGAAGUGGCAUGUGGAUGGCUGCGCCUACUUCUAUGCUGUGUCGAAGGCGCUGGAGACUGCGAAGGAUUAUAUCUGGAUUCUGGACUGGUGGCUGACGCCAGAACUCUACCUCAGACGCCCCCCCGCGAAGCAUGAGCAGUACCGGCUGGAUCGGAUGCUGCAGGCUGCCGCGCAGCGCGGCGUCCGCGUCAACAUCAUCGUGUACAAGGAGGUCACCCAGGCAUUGACCCUCUCAUCCCACCACACAAAGCACUAUCUGGAGGAGCUCCACCCCAACAUCUCGGUGUUCCGUCACCCCGACCAUCUGCCCGAUCGCCAGGCGGUGGAGGCCUCCAUCGCCACCUCCAUCGAGAACCUGUCCCUGGACGGCGGAAACCUCGCCAAGAUGUCUGAGGACGCGAUCAAGGGCCUCUACGGCAUGCGCGAAGACGUGAUCCUCUACUGGGCCCACCACGAGAAGCUGUGCAUUAUCGACGGACGGGUCGCGUUCAUGGGCGGCCUGGACAUGUGUUUCGGUCGCUGGGACACCAACCAGCACGCGCUGGCCGACGUGCACGGCCAGGACCUGAACGAAAUCGUCUUCCCGGGCCAGGACUACAACAACGCCCGUGUGAGCGACUUCCACGACGUCGCCCACUGGGAGCAGAACCAGCUGGACCGGAAGAAGACCUCCCGCAUGGGUUGGUCGGAUAUCUCGGUGAGUCUGCACGGUCAGGUCGUCGAGGAUCUAAGGCAGCACUUUGUCCAGCGCUGGAACUUCAUCUACGACCUGAAGUACCAGUCCCGCGAGAACUCGAGAUAUAGCAGACUGGCCUUGUACGGUCGCCCGACCUCGUCCAGCAACCAGAAACCCCAACAGGGAUCCCAGCAGGCGCCCCAGCAGGGCAGCCAGGCCCAGGCACCGGCCAUCGCUCCCCAGCCUGGCGCGAACCCCGGUCCUCCCACCCCCAGCUGGCAGCAUGCGGCGUCUCCUCAGACUACGGGCAACACCCAGUCCGCACCGGCUCCCAGCUGGCAGCAACAGGCCGCCCCGCAGUCGAGUAACACCCAGCCUAACACGGCCAGUGCACCCAGCUGGCAGCCGCAGCAGCAGCAGCAGCAGCAGCCCCCGGCUGGCCCGGCCACUCCCACCUGGCAGCAGCAGGCCCCCACCCAGCCCGGUGGCUCCACGCAGUCUCCCCAGACUAGCAGUCCCAGCUGGCAGCAGCAUGUGGCCUCCUCCCAGCCCGCCGGCUACGCAGCCCACUCUCCCCAGGGUGCGAGUCAGGAAGCCCCCAGUCUUUCAAAGCCUGCACCAUACUCUCCCCAAGCUGGCCAGGAAUACACGUACACCGGCAACUCAUUCCCGCCCCCGCCUGCUGGCCCCCCGCCCCAGGGAUCCGCGCAAGCCUAUCCGGCUCAGACUCCGGCUCAGACCGGCCAAGGCCAAGCGCCCUACUACCCGCCUCCGCCGAACCAGGCGACAAAGCCGUUGCAGCACUCUCAGACACGUGGGGUGGAGUCGUCCCACAGCGGGUUCGACGCGGAGAGAGGGCUUGGCCGUCUGCGUGAGAACUUCACGGACUACAGCAAUGUCAUCCGGGGUGGACUGGCAGGCCAGAUCCACCAGUACCAGGACCGGUUUUCUGCCGGCUUGAGUGGCCGUCCGACCAGCCAGCCUCGGGGUAACAUGCACUGCCAGAUUGUGCGCAGUUGCUCACAGUGGAGCAACGGCACCCCGACCGAGCAUUCCGUUAUGGAUGCGUACAUCGCGGUGAUCCGGAACAGCCAACACUUCAUCUACAUCGAGAACCAGUUCUUCAUCACGGCGACUAGCGACGCCCAGAAGCCCGUCCAGAAUAAGAUCGGGGCUGCCAUCGUGGAGCGCAUUCUCCGUGCCGCCCGUGCCGGUGAGAAGUUCAAGAUUGUUGUCGUGAUGCCGUCCGUGCCUUGCUUCGCGGGCGACCUGGAGGACGAGUCCACCCUGGGCACCCGUGCGAUCAUGGAGUUCCAGUACAACUGCAUCAACCGCGGCGGCCACAGCAUCAUGGAGCUGAUUGCCAAGGAAGGGUUCAACCCGAUGGACUACAUCCGGUUCUACAACCUGCGCAACUACGACCGGAUCAAUGUCAGCGGGCCCUUGGCGGCGGCUGAGCAGAGAUCCGGCGUCGACUACGAGGAUGCUCGCAAGCAGCAGGACGUGGCCACCGGAGGCGCUGGCGGGUAUGGCCCCAACGCUCCUCGGGCGGCCUUCGACACCACCGCGCCUUUCCAGCAGUACCAGCAAGCGGCGCAGCAGGUGGGCGGCGGCAAAUCGGCACCAGGCAAGUGGGACAGCGUGAGCUCCUGCUACAUGCUGAACGGCGAGGACAUCCGCAAUGUGCCGUGGGAGGGAGCUCCCGAGGCGGAGAUCGACGCGUUUGUCACGGAGGAGCUUUACAUCCACUCCAAGGUUAUGGUUGCCGACGACCGUAUCGCGGUUAUUGGGUCUGCCAACCUGAACGACCGGUCCCAGCUGGGCACGCACGACUCGGAGAUCGCCAUCAUCGUGGAGGAUUACACGCCGGUGCACUCACGCAUGAACGGACACCCAUGGACAGCCAGCCGGUUCGCCUCGUCGCUCCGACGACAGCUGUUCCGCAAGCACCUGGGUCUGCUGGCCCCGCAGGACCCGGAGCGGCCAGACGGCAACUUCGAGCCGGUCGGGGUUCCGAACGCGUUCGACUUCGAGGCACCAGAGAGCCAGCUGGUGGCGGACCCGCUGGCGGACACGGUGCAGAGCCUGUGGAACACGCGGGCGCACACCAACACCGAGGUCUUCCGCAAGGUGUUCCACUCAGUGCCGGACGACACGGUGCGCGACUGGGCCACGUACAAGGAGUUCUACGGAUACUACUUCCACAACGCGGACAAGCAGGCGUACGGGCAGGACGAGUCCAAGCCGGCGGCGCGGUACGAGUACGGGCACGUGGUGCGGGACGACUUCCCUCCGGGCCCGGAAGGUGUGCGGCAGGUCAAAGAGCUGCUCAGCCAGGUCAAGGGCACGCUGGUCGAGAUGCCGCUGAUGUUCCUCAUCGACGAGGACGUGGCGAAGGAGGGGCUGAAGCUAAACGAGAUCACCGAGCCGAUCUACACCUGA